GGUGAAGUCCAGCAGUGGCGAGCCGACAGAUUAAAGACAACAUACAAGGAUUCCUUUUGUGUUCAUCAGGUUUUCAAUUUAAACUUGUUGGAAGAAAGCGUCAAAGGAGUUUGGAGAAGAGACUUGCGGAUUUAAGGACAUGGAAUCUCUGAGAGGAGACUCUCUAUACGACGGCAGAGAGGGUUCUAUUUACUCAAGCGGCCCACAGGUGCUGCAACGGCGCUCAUCUCAAUGGUCCAAUGAGAACAACCCUCAGUUCAACUGGAGCUCAGACGCCAAUGUGGAGGGUGAGGAUGAAGAAGGUCUCAGUGAACCAGACCGGGAGCUUAGGAACAUCCCUCUGUCGAUGGCAGUGAAAAGAGCUGUACGCCAUGCACAGCAGAUGCAGACUGCUUCAAGGGUGAAGCGACGGGCCAGAUAUCUACUCAAAGUCAAAGACAACAUCAAAGAAGUCGGCUACUUCUUCACUCUGUGGAGGAAAUCUCUGCAGAAGAUUGGAGGGAAUUUUGGCGGUGGAGUUCAGUCCUACUUCCUCUUCCUGCGGUUCCUAGUGAUGCUCAACUUCAUCUCUUUUUUGCUCAUCGCUGGCUUUGUCCUGAUCCCCAGCAUUAUCUUCAGAUCUGAGGAGUCGAGCCUCGUGAACAGCACUGGGCCCAAGGAAUGUAGGAACUACAACCCAAGCUCUCCAGGGCUAUUGGUCUUCUACAGUUACUUCCUCGACCUACUCUCUGGAACGGGGUUUAUGGAGUACUGGUACAUGUUCUAUGGCUUCUACAGCAACACAAUAGCUGGAGACAACAGCUUUGCCUACAACAUCCCGCUGGCCUACCUCUUCACAGCCGUGUUCUACUUUGCCUUUUGUCUCCUCUGUAUCAUCACUCGGAUGGGGUCAGUAGCUCGAGUUGCCGUGGCAACGGGAGGCAGCGCAGUAGGCAACUACAGCAUGAUUGUGUUCACCAGCUGGGACUACGGUUUCCUUGGAGACAGAGACACUAAACUGAAGCAGAACAGCAUACGCUACUGGCUGCAGGUGGAGCUGGAGGAGGAGAGACUGAAGAAAAAGGACGCUGCUUUGAACACAUUUAGGAAAAUUCUUUUAUACUCUGUUCGGAUUUUCUCAGCCUUGCUCGCUUUCGGACUCAUCAUCGCAGCUUUCUACUGCAUCUUCAGGGCGACCGUUUUCAGUCAGGAGAGAAGUGGUGAGGGUGGGAUUCUGGGGCUCAUAUUUGAGUACCUCCCAUCAAUUGUCAUCACCACCGGGAACUUCCUGGUCCCUCUGCUCUGUGACCAGAUUGCUCACGUGGAGCAGUACUCGCCCAGCACCACAGUCAUCGUGUCUUUGUUGAGGGCUGUCUUCUUGCGUCUGGUAAGUUUAGGCGUUCUACUGUACUCUCUCUGGGCCCAGAUCACCUGCGCUGGAUUUACAGAGAACUGCCAACUGUGCGGGUACAACCAUGAACUUUACCAGUGCUGGGAGACCCGAGUGGGGCAGGAGAUGUAUAAACUGACUCUUUUUGACCUUCUCAUCACUGUUGCUGUUCUGGUCUUAGUGGAGUUUCCACGCAGGAUUUUGGUCGACAACUGGCCCAACAAGAUGACUCAGUUUAUGGGUCGCCAGGUGUUUGAGGUGUCCUCCAAUGUGCUGGGCCUGGUUUAUAGUCAGACGGUGGUGUGGGCGGGAGCUCUCUUCUGCCCUCUGCUGCCACUUCUCAACACGAUAAAGUUUGUCAUCCUCUUCUACUGCAAAAAGAUUACACUCUUCUAUAACUGCCGUCCUGCCCAGAAGACCUUUCGCUCCAUAACGUCUACGUUCUUCUUCCUGGUGGUCCUUUUGUUUGGCUGGGCCUUGUCCCUGGUGGUCAUGAUCUACAGUGUAGCUGUGAUCCAUCCCUCCAUGGGCUGUGGGCCUUUCCGCUCCUUCCCAAGCAUGUGGGCAGUUGUUCCAACCUCUUUUGAUGGACUUCCUGAAGUUGCGCAGGAGUUUCUGUUCUUCAUUGGCUCUCAAGCCUUCUCCAUCCCAUUAUUUUCCCUCUCAUGUGUGGUAAUGUGUUACUUCAUAGCAUUGGCUUCUGUCUAUGGAAAAAGUGUAUCACUGCUGAAAGCUCAGCUAAAACUGGAGGGUCGUGACAAGCAGUUUCUGGUCAAGCAGCUCCAGGAGUUGAGCCGCCUGCAUCAGACUCCAGUGCAUUAAAGGAGCACUUGACUCUAAAUGACAUGAACACAACAUUUAGAUGACAAUAUAUUUGUGAUUGUGUCAAU